AUGGAAAGCUCUCAACUAGAUGCACAAACUGUUGAUGUUGAUGCUCCCCAAACCAUUGAUGUUGAUCUUGAUGUGGAUGAAGGAGAUGAUGAAGUAGUUGUAGAUAAUAAGGGUGGUGGUCAUAGAGUAUCUUGGGUAUGGCAAGAUUUUGAUAGAGAUGCCGUAAAGAAGGGUGCUAAGAAAGUGAAAUGCCCAUAUUGUUCAACAAUGAUGUGUGCAAAUUCAAAUAAAAACGGUACGAGUGCAAUGGGAAAUCAUUUAAGACUCUAUUGUCCAACAUCUCCUGUUUAUGACCCUAAAGGAAAAGUUGGUGAUACGAAAAAACAAUCUGUGUUGAGUUUCAAAAAAGUAGGAGACUCGGGGGCUACUUCUUUGGAAGUUCAUUCCUUCAGCCAAGAGAAAUGUAGGAAUUCCUUAGCCCGCAUGUGUAUCAAAGACAAUCAACCUUUUAGCAUAGUUGAAGAUGAAGGAUUUAGGGAAUAUUCACGGGAUUUGCAACCUCUAUUUAAAUUGCCUUCAAGGUGGACUGUUGCAAGGGAUUGUUUGCAGAUAUACAAAGAAGAAAUGUAUAAAUUGAAGGAUGUUUUAAAAAAUCAAACCGUCUCCAUUACAACUGAUACUUGGACAUCCAUCCAGAACAUUAACUAUAGUUGUUUAACGGUACAUUGGGUUGAUGAGACGUGGGUUUUGAGACAGAAAAUUCUGAACUUUUGUCCCAUUGCAAAUCAUAAAGGUGUAACCAUAGGCAAACUCGUUUACAAAUGCUUACAGAAUUGGGGAAUUGAGAAGGUGUUUACAGUGACUGUGGAUAAUGCUUCCUCAAAUGAUGGGGCAAUUAGGUAUCUAGCGACCAUGCUUAGGGGACCCCAUGCUUUUUUGGAUUGCAAAUAUUUGCAUUUGAGGUGUUGUGCUCAUAUCAUAAAUCUUGUGGUUAGGGACGGGUUAGAAGAACAUUUUAGUUCCAUCACAAAGAUCCGAAAUGCUGUGAAGUAUGUGAGGUCAUCGGGUGCUAGGUUUGCUACAUUCCUAGAGUGUGUUGAGAAAGUGAAGAUUAAUUGUAGUAAGAAACCAUCCCUUGAUGUUGACACAAGAUGUAAUUCUACAUUUUUGAUGUUAGAGACGGUAGAAAAGUAUGAGGCGGCGUUUGAUAGGCUUCUUGCGAUUGAUAGUGGUUUUAAAACUUUUUGUGGAAGUGAGGUUGAUGAUGGUGAAGUGACUACCAGAAAAAGAAGAAGAAAUGAGAAAGUUGUGGGGACUCCCGAUGCCGACGAUUGGGAGGUUGCUAGGUAUUUUAUCAACUAUUUGAGGAUCUUUUACAAUGUCACAAAAAAGAUAUCCGGGUCCAAGUAUGUGACAGCAAAUAUAUUUUUUAAGGAACUUGUGACAAUGCAAGCAAGCAUAACUAGAAUGUGUGCAAGCACAGACGAGAAAAAGAAAAAGAUGGCAAAGUCGAUGAAAGAAAAAUACGACAAAUAUUGGGACAACAUUGAGAACAUGAACUUCAUGCUUCACAUUGUUGUCGUUUUAGAUCCCCGCAACAAGAUGUGUUAUUUGGAGUAUUGCUUGGAGUUGAUUUAUGGUAAGAAUUCUACCAAAACAAAAACAAUUUUGGAGCAUGUCAACAAAACACUAGAGGACUUGUUUCAACACUUCAAGAACAAGACGGAGAGAGAAAGAUGUGAAAAGACAAGGAGUGCAUCGUCUUCUACACCUAGUUAUUUUGAUUUUGAGCAUGGAGUUGAUAUGGAAGACGAUUUUGAAAGGUUUAUGGAACAACGUGGACAUGGGGUUAAUAAAACAGAGCUUGAGAUUUAUUUAUCAGAUGGGAUGGAAAAACGGGCGGAGGAUUUCCAGAUUUUGGGGUGGUGGAAAUCUAAUUCAACAAAGUUUCCUGUACUUUCUGAAGUGGCGAAACUUGUUUUAGGAAUGCCAAUCUCCACAGUUGCAUCAGAGUCGGCAUUCAGUACUGGCGGGAGGGUGAUUGAUGAAAGUAGAAGCUCCCUUACACAUGUGACUGCCGAAGCUCUGAUUUGUGCACAAGAUUGGAUACGGGACACCCCAAUUGAUAUCCAGUUUAAAAAUAUGACGACUUUAUAUAUGGAAGAGAUGCGAGAGAAGUUGGUGCCAAUAGAAACCGAGGAAUUGGGGUGUGGUCAAGGGAGUUGCAUGGAUGAGGAUUUUACUUGA